AAAACCCAAUUAACCAUAAUCUCAUCGUGGCAUCGACAAUCACCAAGCAAUAAUUAAUGGCAUGAUAUUGGGGAAACGUAACCAACAAAGCCAUCACCUGGAGGAUCAGAGGGUACAUCCCGCGUUAAGGUAUCUCCGAAUCAAGGGGGAAUCAAUUAUUAAACGGAACAUCAUGAAUAUCUUCCCUCCUCCACUUUUUCCUACAAGAACCCUUGGAGACGAAACCUAUUGGAAGAAGAAACAUAGAGGACGACGGACUGCAGGGUGCCGAUCGUCGGUGGGAAUUGUGUGUCUUCUAUUGGUUUGUUUAUCUUCUUCAUCUACACUAUACCACUAAUUUGAUCGCCGCUCAAGGGAGGAGGAUGGGUACUAAUAAUAAGAAUCGCCAGAAUUCGGCUCUCUCUUCUGAGGCUUUUCAGAAUGGUCAUACUCUUUUUGAACGCGAAGAUGAGAAUAGGGCUUUUUGUUCAAAGGAAGGCAAGGGUAAGCGACUGUGGAAGAAGGUGAAAUAUCAGCUGGUUGAAUACCAUUCAUUGCCCGCGUAUUUGAAAGAUAAUGAGUUCAUUCUGGGUCAUUACAGAUCGGAGUGGCCUCUCAAGCAGAUUUUUCUUAGCAUCUUCACGGUCCACAACGAAACUCUCAAUGUCUGGACAAUGCAGCAUGGCAUGAAAGAGGAUGUCGCAAAUAUGAUAGCACCCUUGUUGGUGCGGCCAAUCACGCGGUGGCCUUUCUUCGCCUUCCUCGGUGGUGCCAUGUUCUGUCUAUUAGCCAGCAGUACAUGCCAUCUCCUGUCUUGCCAUUCCCAACGCCUAUCUUACAUCAUGCUCAGGCUUGACUACGCUGGCAUUGCCGCCCUUAUCUCAACCUCUUUUUAUCCACCUGUCUUCUACUCUUUCAUGUGCAACCCCUUCUUCUGCAACCUCUACUUGGGAUUCAUAUCCAUUCUUGGGAUUGCCACAAUCAUAGUUUCUCUCCUUCCAGUUUUUCAGAGCCCUGAAUUCCGGGGUAUACGUGCAUCCCUCUUCUUUGGGAUGGGCAUGUCAGGGGUGGCGCCCAUACUGCACAAGCUGAUCUUGUUCCGAAACCAGCCUGAGGCUCUCCACACAACGGGGUAUGAGAUAUUGAUGGGGCUUUUCUAUGGAAUUGGAGCCCUGGUCUAUGCUACAAGGAUCCCGGAGCGGUGGAAACCUGGAAAGUUUGACAUUGCGGGGCACAGCCACCAGCUUUUUCAUGUGUUGGUCGUGGCAGGGGCUUACACACACUACCGUGCAGGUUUGGUGUAUCUCAGGUGGCGAGACCUAAAAGGGUGUUAAGAGAGUUGACUGUCAAGAGAGCAGCUGCAUGUUCGGUGGUUUAUUCUGUAUAGGUGGAUGAUUAGUAUGGGGGUGGGUAGACAGAAUAUAGCAGCAUCCAGGAAAAGGAUUUCUCCACUGUACUUCCUCUUAGAACUCUGAUUUCCCUUUAUGUAGGUUGCAAUGAUGCAUGAACUGUUAGUUUGCUAUGUAUGUGUGUCAGUUUGGGGGCAUAUGCAGUUGCUUUCUGGUGAGCUAACACUCUUCAACUAAUGUAAACCAUGAGGACACUUCCUGCAAGUAUAUUAUUUAUAAUAAAAGAGUGGAGAAAAGUUAUUAGAUGGA